CUCUCUCUCGCUCUCGCAGGCUCAUCCGACUCACCUCGGUGAGAAACUGAAACACAAUCCGACUCGUAUAGCAAGCCUAACCAGGCUCGCUGUCUUUCUCACGCGCACGCAGGCACACACACACACACAUACACACCACACACACACACACACACACAGGUUCUCCUUCUCUCACAGCAGUGUUUCCUCAGGAAGGAGGCCAUUUUGUUACGGACCGGCUUCACAACAACAAACUUUUUUUUUUUUUUUUUUUUGCUUUGUGUGUGUGUGAAUGUGGGGGGGUGUUUUUCUUCCUUCAACUUUGUUGAGGCUUUGUGCGUGUGUGUGAGAGAGUGUUUUGUUUUUUCAUCUUCCUUCAGUGGGUUUCCUGCUGAAGCCUAGACUUUCUCCUCCCCUCUCACAGCAGAGGAAGAGAGGGAGGAGGGAGAGAGAGAGAGCGAGUGAGACAGAACAAGAGAGAGAGAGAGAGAGAGAGAGAGAGAGGAGGGGAACAGGAGAGGAGUGGAGGAGAGUGAACAAGCGAGUGAGAGAGAGAGAGAGACAGAGAGAGAACUUCAGAAGCUAAAGAACUUGCCGUGUUGAUCUGCGAGGCUUACGUAAUGGGGAAGGUGUGAGCGGACGUCUGUGGAAGUCUGAACGGAGCGGGGGAUAGAGAAGAGGGGACAGACGGAGAGAGAGAAGGACUGCAGCACUCGGAGGUGGACGGACGACUUAGAGGAGUGACCUGGGAGAGGCCGUUUGGACUCACGGUUGCGUGUGUGUGCGAGUCACCGACCGGAGCAAACACGCGCGUCUGUGUGUGUUUGUGUGUGUGUUUAAGGUGCGAGCAAGCGUGUGAGCAGAGGUGUAAGGUGAGAGUGUGAGUGUGUGUCUCCGCUCCCUCACACCCAUCUCUGCUCCUGCUCCCCCUGUCUACACACACUUUCUUUCUUUCUUUCUUUCUUUCUUUUUCUCUCCCUUCUUCUCUCCCUUUCUCUCUCUCACUCUCUCUCUUUCCAUCCGUUUCGUUGGUUCUUCUCGGUCAUUCCUGCGGACGCUCAGCCUGCUGUGGCCAGUUGAAGUGAGUGAUGGCCAACGCUAGCCCCUGCCUGUCCUCGGGGCCCCUGGCCCACCCGGUCUUCUUCCCCCCCGGCGGGGGUCCCUCUCCCCCGGGCUCCGUGGUCAUGCAGCACGGCCCCCCCAUGGCUAUACCCCCGGGGGCCGCCGUCUCGGGGUUCCCCCCGUCGCUGGACAUGGGAGUGGGGGUGACCCAGGGCCCCGGAGGAGUGGGCGCCAUGUCGCCCGUGCUGCCCGUGCCCAUCGGGGUCUCGUUCAUCAUCCAGAUCGGACUGACCCGCGAGUCCGUCUUUCUGCCGCAGACGGCUGACCUGGCCUACGUCAAGCAGAUCGCCUGCUCCAUCGUGGACCAGAAGUUCCCUGAGUGUGGUUUCUACGGCAUGUAUGAUAAGAUCCUACUCUUCAAGCAUGACACGGGCACCAACAACAUCCUGCAGCUGGUCAAGGCAGCUUCGGACAUCCAGGAGGGUGAUCUGGUAGAGGUGGUGCUCUCAGCGGCGGCCACCUUUGAGGACUUCCAGAUCCGCCCCCACGCGCUCAACGUGCACUCCUACCGGGCGCCGGCCUUCUGCGACCACUGCGGCGAGAUGCUGUUCGGCCUGGUGCGGCAGGGCCUCAAGUGUGACGGCUGUGGGCUGAACUACCACAAGCGCUGUGCCUUCAGCAUCCCCAACAACUGCAGUGGGGCGCGGAAGCGGCGUCUGUCCACUACGUCGCUGACCAGCACUCAGUCCAUGCGUCUGACCACCAGCGAGUCGCUCAGCACGGUCAGCACCAGCACCACCACCACCUCGGAGGAGACCAACCUCGUACGCUCACACACACAGAUGCCUCGGACCCCGAGCGAGGCGCGGCGCUUCACCUGCCGGCCGGUGCACCUGGACAAGAUGCUGAUGAGCAAGGUGAAGGUGCCGCACACCUUCGCUGUGCACUCCUACACGCGGCCCACCGUCUGCCAGUACUGCAAGCGUCUGCUCCGAGGACUCUUCAGACAGGGCCUCCAGUGCAAAGACUGUAAAUUCAACUGCCACAAGCGCUGUGCCUACAAGGUGCCCAACGACUGCUUAGGAGAGACCAUAGACAUCCUGAGUCCCAGUGCGGACACUGAGGUGCCCAUGGACUACAGUAGCGAGUACGCCGACUCUGAUAAGUCCUCUCUGAUGGACGACUCGGACGAGGCCUGCAGCAUCCCCGGCUCAUUCUCCCCCGACAGCGGACAGGACGGAAGCAGCGGGGACCAGAGGUCAGGACAGCACACGAGGGGCUCAGACGACUGUUUGGUGAAGAUCUGGUCGUCUUUCGACGGGCGGCUUCACUCUACGCUGCGGGGCCACUCGGCCGAGAUCUCGGACCUGGCCGUGAACUUCGAGAACACUCUGAUCGCCGCCGGCAGCUGCGACAAGACCAUCCGCGUGUGGUGCCUUCGGACCUGCGCUCCUGUGGCUGUGCUGCAGGGGCACACGGGCUCCAUUACCUCGCUACAGUUUUCUCCAUUUGCCAAGGGCUCAAAACGAUAUAUGGUAUCCACGGGUACUGAUGCAACAGUCUGCUUCUGGCAAUGGGAUGUAAAUAAUAUCAAUUUCAGUGAACGGCCACAUAAGUUUACAGAGCGACCCCGGCCUGGCGUUCAGGUGGUUUGCUCCUCCUUUAGCCCAGGUGGCAUGUUUUUAGCAACGGGCAGCACAGACCAUGUUAUCAGAAUAUAUUACCUGGGAUGUGGCAAUCCAGAGAAAGUAUCUGAAUUAUCUGACCACACGGACAAAGUGGACAGCAUCCAGUUCUGUCACACAGGAGAAAGGUUUGUGAGUGGCAGCGGAGAUGGAACGGCACGAAUCUGGCGGCUGCAUCAUCGGCAGCAGUGGCGGAGCCUUCUUCUGGACAUGAGUGCCACUCUGCCGUCUGAAACUGUAACAGUAAGGGGGGACCUCUUCUUUAAGGCCAAGGUUACCAUGGUGUCCUGGGAUCGACAUGACAACACGGUCCUCACCGCUGUCAACAACUAUCUGAUCAAAGUGUGGAACUCGUACACAGGAGAGCUGCUACAUAUCCUGAAGGGUCACGAGGCCGAGGUGUUUGUACUGGAGCCGCACCCCUUCGACCCCAGGGUCAUGCUGUCCGCCGGCCACGACGGCAGCGUCUACAUCUGGGACCUCCUGAAAGGCACAAAGACACAGCACUACUUCAAUAUGAUUGAGGGCCAGGGCCAUGGCGCCGUCUUUGACUGCAAGUUCACGCCGGACGGACAGCGCUUCGCCUGCACCGACUCCCACGGCCAUCUCAUCAUCUUCGGCUUCGGGAGCUCCAAGCCCUACGAGAAGCUACCAGACCAGGUGUUCUUCCACACGGACUACCGGCCGCUGAUCCGCGAUGCCAACGGCUUCGUUCUGGACGAGCAGACGCAACAGGCGCCCCAUCUCAUGCCCCCGCCCUUCCUGGUGGACGUCGACGGCAACCCGCACCCCCCCAGGUACCAGCGCCUGGUGCCAGGCCGGGAGAACAUCUCCGACGAGCACCUGGUCCCACAGCUGGGCUACGUGGCCACAAGUGACGGGGAGGUGGUUGAGCAGGUGAUUAGCCAGCAGCCGGGCGAGAGUGUGGAGGUGGCGGUGGGUCGGAGUGCUCUGGACCAGGCCAUCCGGGUCCUGCAGCAGAAUCAGGACCGGGGCGUCCUGCCGCUGGUGCCCGAAGGAGCUGUGGCACCGGCUCCUGCCCCCCUACCAGCCCCCGGGACUCCCCGCAGAGUGUCUAUGAACGAGCGCAUGGAGCUGCAGUCGUCCCCUAACGUGGGCCUGCGGCGGAGUGGCCAGGUGGAGGGGGUGCGGCAGAUGCACCAGAACGCCCCCCGCAGCCAGAUGGCCACCGAGAGGGACCUGCAGGCCUGGCGCCGCCGCGUGGUCGUGCCCGAGCUCACCAACAGCACCUACCGGUAUCAGGAGCGCUACCGCACGGCCAAAGGCGAGGAGGAGACCACGCUCUUCAACACCAGGAAGCGCCGCAUCAUUCAUGGCGGUUUCAGGGAUGACUCGGACGACGAGGUGGCUUGUGUGAAGCGGGUUCCGUCUCGCAAGCGCCAGUGGAAGGACGGGGAGGAGUUUAUCGAGUUUUCCUGCGAGGAGGGCGAGGAGACGGCCGCGAGCUCUGAGGACCAUGACAUGGAGGGCACUGAAAACGACUCGACCAAUGAGGAAGAGUGGAAGAGCGACAGCUCCAGCAACUCAUCUGGCGAGUAUUCCGAUUGGAUGGCUGACGCCGGCAUCAAAGCGCAUCCCACACCCCCGCUGUCGUCACGGAGACGGGCGCGACGCCAGCUCAGCAGCUCGGAGGAAGAGGAUGAGGAGGAGGAGGAGGAAGAUGACGAUGAUGCCGAGGAGGAAGAGCAGACGACUCAAAACGAAGAGGAGCAAACACCUCACAAACCGAAGAAGACCAAGAGUAAAGCACCCAAGCGUCCCAAAGCUCGGCCAUCCAUUAACAGGGAAGUGUCCACUGAGUUCCGGCCCUCUGUCUGGAUCACUGACGUCGUUCCCAGGAAGUCUCCAUUCGUCCCGCAAUUGGGAGAUGAGGUGAUCUAUUUCCGUCAGGGCCACGAGGCCUAUGUGGAGGCGGUGUGCAGGAAUAACUUGUACCCCAUCAACCUGGACAAGCAGCCCUGGAAGAAGAUGCAGCUGAGGGACCAAGAGUUUGUGAAGAUCACAGGCAUCAAGUACGAGGUGUGUCCUCCCACCCUGUGCUGCCUGAAGCUCACGCUGAUUGACCACGGCACGGGCAGGACCACAGACAAGUCCUUCUCCAUCAAGUAUCAUGAUAUGCCAGAUGUGAUUGACUUCUUGGUUCUGCGGCAAUGCUAUGACGACGCACGGAACAGAGUGUGGCAGCCAAACGAUCGUUUCCGCUCCGUUAUCGAUGACUGCUGGUGGUUUGGGUCCAUCGUGUGUCAGGAGCCGUACCAGCUGGAGUAUCCCGACAGCCACUUCCAGUGCUUCAAAGUCAAGUGGGACAAUGGGGAGACUGAGAAGCUGAGCCCAUGGGACAUGGAGGCCAUCCCAGAGAACGCCCAGCAGCCCGAGUCUGAGGGGGGAGGUGUGCCAGUUACCGGAGAGGAGAUGAUUGAAGUGCUCUACAAGCCCCAGACAGGAGAGUGGGGCGACAGACCGCGCGACGAAGAGUGUGAACGCGUCAUGGGUGGCAUCGACCAGCUCAUCACCGUGGAUAUCGCUGCUCCGUUCUCUGGCCCGGUGGACAUCAGCCAGUACCCCACGUACUGCACGGUCAUCGCGUACCCCACGGACCUGGGCACGGUUCGCAUGAGGCUCCAGCAUCGCUUCUACAGGCGAGUUUCUGCACUAGUCUGGGACAUCCGACACAUAUUCCUCAACGCCAGGACCUUCAACGAGCCUCGCAGCAAAAUCGCCGACUCUGCCAAACUCAUCACUGAUGCCCUCCUCAAGUACAUUAGUAAGCCAGAGUGCACAGACAUCAUGGAGAUCUACAACGCACUGGAGAACUUGGAGUACUCUGAUGAGGAUAUGGAAGCAGACGUGCCUGGAACAUCAUCUGGACAUGCUCUGCGUCAGACUGCAGCAGAGCCUGCUCCUGAUCCCGAGGCGUGGAAGGAGCAGUGCAGGCGCCUGGUGAACUACAUAUUCGAGUGCGAGGACUCGGAGCCUUUCCGCCACCCCGUGGACCCUAUAGAAUUCCCCGAUUAUGCAGACAUCAUUCACUCACCGAUGGAUUUCGAAACUGUGCGAAAUACCAUAGAACAGGACCGAUACGAAAACCCCAUUGAAUUUUGCAAAGAUAUUCGUCUUAUCUUUGUCAAUGCAAAAGCCUACACACCAAACAAGCGCUCAAAGAUCUACAGUAUGACUCUGCGCCUCUCUGCGUUCUUCGACGAGCGCAUCAGAACGAUCAUAUCGGAUUACAAGACGGCGGUGAAGAGCAGCGCCAAGCUGCGUCGCAGCCAGAGGUUCCGCAAAAGGCAGCAAUACCAGGAACCCCAGGUGCCGGGCCACGGAUCCACCAGCAACCAGAAAAGGGCUGCUUUGAAAGCUCAGGAAAAGGUGGAGACGUCUUCAACCAAAUCUACCUCAGCCAAAGUGACUGCGUCGGAGAGGAGCAGUAGGAGUACGCGCCGGCGACACGGAGGACGCAGGUCCUCCACGCGCACGUCUUCUGACGACGAUGAUGACGAGGACUCUGCAUCCAAAGGAGCCUCCACCACUCCGGAGUCGGAGAGUGAGAGUGAAAUGAGUCUAAACGACUCCGAGGGCCAAUCGCAGCGUUCGUCUCGACGGCAUCUCAGGAGGGACACUCGGUCAUCAGGCCUUGCCACACGGAGCCGAGGGAGCACCCAUAGGAGGAGGAGGGUGGCAGAGAGCGAGAGCGAGAACGAGGGCCGGUCUGUGAGGAGCUACCCCGGCAGAAGCACCAGGCUGAGAAGGAAACACACGGAGACCUCGGACCGGAGGCGGCCAGAGACCCACGCUAAGAUGAAUGGUGAUGACAGAGCCUCACGCCUGGAGAGACGAAGGCGUUUCAAUCACAUCAACCGCCAGACCUCUCAGGAAUCUGACAUCUUCACCAAAGACGAGGAGGAAGACGAGAAGGAGGAUGACGACGAUGAUGAUGACGACGAUGAGUCAAUAUCCCGCAGACCCAAAACGAGGAAAACUGCUCGCGCAGCUGCCACUAGGUUUAAGAUGCUUGAUGCCUCGGAAGAGGAGGAUGACGAGGAGGAACCGAAGGACAGCAGGAGAUCAAGCAGGAACCAGGGGUCUCGCUCCAGCAAGCGCAAAGCAGUACUGCACAGCAGCUCGGAGUCAGAGGGCCAGGCACCUUCACAGAGUGAAAGUAAGAAUGAAGAGUCUGGGAGUGAGGAGGAGAAGAGCGAUGGCAGUAAGGAGAGUGGUGUCUCAUCGAGUCGGAAUGGAGAGGGAAACGGAGGGAGCCUUCGACCAAUGAGGAAAAGUGCCUCCAAGGGUCGCCAUGACCGUCAAUCACACCUGAAUGGCCACAGUAGUAAACAUCAGGCAAAGAGUGAGGAGAACUCCGACCGAGAGGCUAGUCCCGGAGACAGUUUGGAUGAAGACGAGGGCGGUCUCAUCGUUCGGCGGAAGUUAACUAGAAGAACGGCAGCUGCUGCCGCCAGCAAAAUAAAAAAUCUGAACACCAGCGAGGCUGAAGAGGAAGAGGAAGAGGAAGAGGAAGAGGAAGAGGAAGAGGAAGAGGAAACCCCUUCCAGGAGCAGGCGACAGCAGGGAGCCCCCAAAACCUCUGAGGAAGAAGAAUGUGAUGACGAAGAGGUUGGAGAUGCAAAAUUCCAGAAGCACCCUUACCAGAACGGACGGAAGAUGAGAGGAGAUGCCGAAGCCACUUCAAGAAGCCAAGAACAAACAACAUCUGCCUCACACACACAUGCCACCAAGACACCUUCUGAUGCCGCUGCCUCACGACGCACUCAUAGGUCAGACGACCUCAGCAGCAUUCCCAGGAAAAGUGAGACACGGAAAAAGAAAAUCAUGUCUGACGACGAAGAGGAAGAUGAUGGGAAACAGUCAGACGGAGAAGACGAGACCCAAGCGAACGCCACAGAUGGGGAUGGAGCCGGUAAAAGGAGGUCGUCACGGAAACAUGAUUCGAGCAAGGAGCAGGAGUUCUCAAGAAGUUCACAAGAGUCCCCAUCUGAAAGUGUGGAAGAGGAGGAGGAGGAGGAGGAUGAUGAUGAUGAUGAUGAUUAUAAGGCAAAGUGCAAAAAAAGCUUCAAGAGGAAGGAAGCUUCAUCAGAUGAGUGGACUGACGGGGGGGAAAAGAAAGCAGUUUCCAGGCGAAAACCACAACUGAGAUCACUGCCCAAGAAGAAGUAUAUUACUGACGACUCUGAAGAAGACCACCUCACUGAAGAAGGCAGUCACUCAAGGAAUGGCAAGGACUUGACUAGUGACCCAAAGCAUCUUGCCAAACGGAAAAAAGAGCAUCAAGACAAACGAGGAAGGAGUGAAGCCACCUCUGUAAAACGAGAACAAACAUCUGCCUCAGACACACAUACCACCAAGAAACCUUCUGGUGCUGCUGCUGCAAGCUCAACACCUGCUGCAGAAUCUAAAGACCAUAGCGACGUUCCCAGGAAGGGAGGAUUGCCCAAGAAGAAAAUAAUCUCUGAUGAUGAGGAGGAGGAGGAGGAUGAAGAGGAGGAGGUAGAGGAGGAGGAGGAGGAGGAAGAAGAAGAAGAGGGAAAACAGUCCUCCGAAGAGGCAGAAGGAGGGAGCCAGCAGAGCCAAACCACUGAAGAAGAUGGUACCAGCAAGGAGCAGUCUUCACAGAGCAAGAAUGGAUCCAGAAGAUGUGACUCCAGAAGGCAUCUUGGGAAUUCCAGUAGGAGAGUAGAGAAGUCCCUCUCUGAAAGCGAGCCAAGAAAAAGCCAUAAGAAAAAGCAAGCCUCCUCUUCCUCCUCCGAGUGGUCCCACAGCAAAAGCGAAGAGUCUGAACGGGAAGAGAAAAUCUCGUCUAGCCGAAAACGCCUGAGGGCAUUACCUAAGAAGAAGUAUGUAACCGACGACUCAGAGGACGACGUGGAGGCAGGUAACUCGAGGAACGGUAAGGGCUUGACCAGUGACUCAAAGCGUCGAGCCAAACGGAAACGUCACCGAGGCUCAGAAGACUCAGGAGACCACCAUAGAAGCCACGGCAAGAGGCGGAAGUCGAGGGACCAGUCAGAGAGCGAGAAUGAUGACGAAGACCAUCGCAAACGGAAAACGUCAAAGUCAACAUCAUCCAGAGGUUCCUUGAAGGAGCCCAAAGGGAGGUUGCUCUCUGAGGAGGAGGAAGAAGAGGAGGCGGAGGAGAGGAGCAAGUCUCGACAUGGCCAGAGGAGAGAACAUAGGUCGCAGAGACUCAAACGGAAACGUGGUGGCUCCAGCCCUGAGAGUGAAGAGGAAGAGGAUGAGGAGGAGGAGGAAGAAGAAGAAGAAGAGUCAGGCACUGAGUUGAGCUCCUCCAGCUCCGGCUCAGGGAGUGCUUCUAAAAGGCGAACGAGGAAACGGCAGCCAGAGAGCAAGAGGAGAUCCCACCGGAGAGGCAGUGACUCGGAUGCAGACAGUGAUUACGAUGACCGGAAAUCCAAAAGGGCCUCUAAAGUCCGGACCAGAAACCGUGGGAAGAGAACUGUGACCUACAAUGAUAGUGAAUGAAUGGGUUCAAGCCAGCCAACAUUUAGGCGACCAGGAAGGAGGAGGACGAUGUAAAUGCAUAGACACUAACUGGAGACCUUGAAGACAACUUGAUUGUCCAGGGAAGAAAAAAAAAAAAUUGGUAGCAGCACUGGAGUUAACACAGAGCAAAUACUGUGAAUCUGUUUUAAUUCAGGGAUAUUUAUAUUUUCUAUGAAAAAAAGAUUUAUAGAACUGCUGGUUUUUGGUUUGGGCAAACCAGUGCCAUUCUGCUUCAGUGACUUGUGAUUCAUUCUUUUUUUUUUUUUUUUCGUUUGGCCAGCAAAAGUGGGGACAAAUAAAGAAAAAGAACACGCAUACACAAACACGUUCGGGGGCAGGGGUGCUUUGGGUGCUAUCUUAAUAUACCUCCACUCUAAUCAAGCAUAUGUUGCUGGCUUGCACUAUGAUGCACACUGUAUUGAGGUGUUUUUCCUACACUAGCUCUAGCAGAAUAGAAACUCAGGGGUCAACUACGUUUACCAUAGUCUCAAACUUGCAAUUUUUUGUCCCAUAUUUUGUUAAAUGCUGAAGAGAAAUAGAGUAGCAUUAUAUGAAAUAAUUUCAGAUAUGGCGGUUUGCGGUUGAAGCACACUCACUGAAAGAAACAUGUCACCCAUUUCCAACACUCCUUUUGUAAAGACGCCUUGCAUUAUCCAUGGUAAUUGUGGUAUUGAAUAAUUUGUAUGAGCCAAAAUGUACAAAUUUGAGUCCUUAACUUCUCCCCUGCGGUUACUGCGGUUAUUUUUGUUAUUUUUUUAUUGUGUAUAUUUACUUUUUGUUCUUCCUAGUUGACAUUUUUGAUUGUCGAAUGACCUUAAUGUGCAACAUUUUUUUUCCCAUUUCAUUAUGUAGCAAAAGUAUGGCAUAUUUAAAUUGUUUGUCGAGCAUUAUUCCUCCCUCUCUACAUUGGAUGCAUUGUCUUGCCAUAAUCAAAUUAAUUGGUACCCGUUUGCGAAGUACAGGAGAUCAGUAGUACUUAUUGCAAAAUGCAGUGAUUUCUCAUAUUGGGAAGAAGUUCUAGUGUUUUGUGUUUAUGUAUUUUCAGUAUUAAAUUCCUUGUCAGAUUUUGA